UGCCUCCUUGCCUUCUUCGGUCCCAUGACACACCUUAACUGCCUUGUUUGCGCAGCUUUCCCUCGCCUAGCUAUCACUGCCACCCGGAGGCCUGGUCUUCAAGUAAGGUAAACGGGCCACAGCCGCCUCUGUCACCAGGUGCUAUUACGGCGACAUAACCAACCCAAGAGACGGAUAGACUCUGCAUUUUUCUUUGUCUUCUUCAAAUGACUAACUCGCGAGUUUGCUGGUGGAUCCCUUGUCUCUCUCAACGCGCGGAAUCUACUCGGUACGCCCCUCGGCAACAGCACGUUUCGCCAUGGAAACCACCUUCUCAGACACGGAAACGCGCUUCGUGCUUGGGGAGAUGAUCAAAGCUAGCUCGAUAGAUGUGCCUCUGCUGGCCGAGUUCAUCAAGAUGCAUAACGUCGAGCAGAACUGGAUGUAUAUGCAGCUCCCAGCCGGUCGCAACAUGUAUCAAUGCAUUGGCGCAGUGGAAAAGAUGAUUCCAGUGCACAUACCUCCUCUUCCCAACCCGGAGGGCUUGAAGCGCAAGUCGAUUAGCGAUCUAAGCGACCAACCCAUCAAGAGACAAGCCGUUGUGGGCCCAAUCGAGCCGGCCAUACCUCCGCGCAUCAUCCAACCGCGGCCUCCUCCCCCCAAUGGCUAUCUGGCUACCGCGCCCGCCAGCAGUCCAUCGGUCACCAGCACGGGCAAGAAGCGCGGCAGACCUUCGAAGGCAGACAAGGAGGCUCAAGCUCGGGCAUGUUACUCGAGGUCAAUUGAGUAUCCGCCCAUAACUCCAGCGCCUCAGGCGACAUCCAUGGCCCUUGCGCCUCAGCGCGACUACGCCUCUUCCCCUGGUUACGAAAUCGCGAGCAACCCCCUGGAGCAAAACUCCAAGAAGCGAGCACGACCGAGCGCGAGCGACUACUCACCAGCAGCUGCAUACCCACUAGCUUCACCUGCGUCGACAACGGAAACCCCGCGCGCACUUCCCGAGCCCAUUGAGCUGGUAGAGCAAGCGACGCGGUCACCUCGCGAUCACCCCCAAGAUUUGAGGUCUCCUCGUCAACCGCAGCUACAGCAGCCUCCGCAGGCGCCAUCGAUGCAAGCACCUCGACAUCCCCAGGCAUACGAACAGUAUAGAGGUCCAGAUCCCAUUUUUCCCGACAGAGACAGGUCUAGGAGUGCAUCUGAUCAUAUCCCGAGAGAGGCACCAGCGGCGCCACCUAUGACGAAUCGAAGCUAGAAAACCGAGGUCUCUCCUUUCUACAUAACGUCUUUCCAUUACCAUGUUUUACUAUCUACAUCUUGGCCCGUACAGGAAGACUCUUGUUAUAUGGCGCAGAGCCACGGCGGUUUAUCAUUGAAGAUUUGGCCUUCUCUUCU